AUGUCUUCGCUCACAAUUGCGUCUCGUGGAGCUUCUCUUUGUGGGAAGAUAGUCGGUCGUGAUACCGCACUUCUGUCUAGUUAUGAUUUUAUUGUUGUGGGUGGUGGAACAAGUGGUCCUGUCCGACAACUGUUCUCAUUAUUGAGGCCGGUGAACUUGAUCAGGGAGAAGAUUUCAUACACAUUCCACUUUUCGCAGGAAUUGGGAAUGCCAGCUACAAAUAAUAGAUCGAUUGCCAUACCACUAGGUAAAGUUCUAGGAGGUGGUUCUUGCUUGAAUAAGAUGGCUUUCGAUCUUGCUGGAAAAGAAGACUAUGAUCGUUGGAUCGAAGUAGGAGCAGUUGGUUGGAAUGAACUCUUUCCAUAUUUCAAGAAAUUGACUAAAUUUACACCACCUGCAUCUGAAAUUGCAAAAGAAUGGGAUAUUCAAACGGAUCAUUCAGCACACGGAUAUAAAGCCAAUUUAAUGAAAUCUGUGUUGAGAAUCGACGUACUUGCUGACCGUGUCUAUAGGUCCAUUCAAGUUAUUCAACAUUUAAUUGGCCAUCAUUCAUACAUUUAUGCGUCCAUGAAAUACCUCGGAAUACGCAAGGAGUUGCAAUCAUUUGGUGGAGAGUAUGCAGCUGGCUCCAAUUUUUCAAGAUCAACCGUACUUGCGGCGAAGGAGGUAGUUCUCGCAGCUGGUGCUAUUCAUUCACCUCAGCUGCUCCAACUCUCUGGAAUUGGAAGCUCUUCUUUACCUAAACAAUUUGGUAUCGAAACUGUGGUGAGCUUGCCAGGAGUUGGGGCGAAUUUCCAAGAUCACCCAUCGCUCAGAGCUAGUACCACUUUGGAUAUUUACCUUUCCGCGAACAAUUUGACCAGUAAUGCGACUUUCAAUGCUGAGGUGCUAGCAUUGUAUAGGCAUAACAGAAUUGGUCAUACUCCACAGAAGGGGGAGGCGAAUAUGCAUUUAUUGGAAACCGUUCUUUCACCAAUACAACUUCACAGAUUGUAUCCUCCGCUUCAUCUAUCACACCGGCAUCAUAUUUACUAUCCGAUGUCGACUCGCCUAUCUUAG